AUGGAAGUCCCAAGUAUCCAUCAUAGUACAGACCGUCGUCUACUCUUAAGGCAGCAGCAAUGGAGUCGAGUAGUGUGCUCGAGCAAGAAUGAACCUGGAAAUUGGCAGGCCUGACCUGAAGGUAACAGAUUACAACCUACUCCGAAGUCACAACUGCGAUGGUUAGGAAACCCCACUGUGUCAUUCCACCCAGCCUUGUGGCCACCUGAUUGAGCUUGGUGUGUAUUUGCCUUCCCCUCAAAGACAAUGUACUGCCUUCAGUGGUUGCUCCCGGUUCUCCUCAUCCCGAAACCUCUGAACCCGGCUUUAUGGUUCAACCACUCAAUGUUCAUGGGCUUCUACCUGCUCAGCUUCCUGCUGGAGAGGAAGCCAUGUACCAUUUGUGCCUUAGUGUUCCUGGCAGCUCUGUUUUUCAUCUGCUACAGCUGCUGGGGGAACUGUUUUCUGUACCACUGCCAUGACUCCGCACUACCAGAUUAUGCACACGACCCCAGCAUUGUGGGCACCUAAGAGGAUUCCCCCUGACAUGAUGCGCAGAUGGAUCCUGGACAAUCUGUAUCUAGGCUGUGAAUAAAAUCUCCCACCCGACACUGUCGAUGUGGAGAAACAUAGACUUCAUCCCGAUUCUCAACCCCUCUGCCCUUAGUGUGCACUUGUUCACUUCUCUUAAUGGAUUUAAAAGGAAUUGACUGGUGUAUGAAAUAUGGUUACUCCCCCAUGCAUACACCAAUCCAAUGCUUUUAAAUGUGUGGGCAUGUGUACACUUCCCAGAGAAUAGCCUACCCUAACCUCCUCACUACUGCCCUCCACCCCUGCCUUUUCCCCCUGGUUUUCAGUGAACGUCGCCUACCCUGGCCUCAUUGGAUCUAAAUGUUUGCAUGGGUUGCCUUUUAGAGUUUUCAAAAGUCGUGUUAAUACAUAUGUUUUAAUUACAGAAAUCUGAAAGUUUCCAAAGGUUAGAAAUCAAAUGUGUUGGUGUGAAAAUGCUGACUAUCAGUAUAGUAGUAGGAAGGUGAACAUGAAAAUCCUGCCUCCCUGUUGAGCUUUGGACGUCAAGAGAAGGCGAGUGAUGUGAACCUGUUAUCUAGAGUGCCUUUAGAAAAUAUUCAUACAGCUUCACUUACUCCACAUUUUGUUGUAUUACAGCCUGAAUUCAAAAUUUAUUAAAUAAAUAAAAUCUCACCCAUCUACACACAAUACCCCAUAAUGACAGUUAGAACA